UCUAUGAUCCCAGACUACAACCUUUUCCAUCACCAAGGAGAGGUUGGUGUCAUGGAGCACAAGCCCUUCCAGACCAUGGACCCUAUCAGAGUCAACCCUCCACCCAUCAUACCCCUAGAGACCAUCAAAGCAUUUAAAGAGAAGCAGCAGAUCCACCCAGGUUUCAUUGGCGGGCAACAGCACCCGCCUCAGCACCACCCGCCACCUCAGACUCUCCCCCUUAAACCCAUUCGCCCCAGGAAGUACCCCAACCGUCCCAGCAAAACCCCCGUUCAUGAACGGCCGCACGCCUGUCCUGCUGAGAACUGUGACAGACGCUUCUCGCGCUCAGACGAACUCACUCGUCACCUCCGCAUCCACACAGGUCACAAGCCCUUCCAGUGCAGAAUAUGCAUGAGGUCCUUCAGCCGGAGCGACCAUUUGAACACACACAUCCGCACGCACACGGGUGAGAAACCCUUCUCCUGCGAGUUUUGUGGACGCAAGUUUGCCAGGAGUGACGAGCGAAAGACACACGCAAAGGUUCACCUGAAACAGAAGGACAAGAAGCAGGCGGACAAGAACAGCGGUGCGGCCGGGAGCCACAGCUCACCGCCCAGCUCCUGUGGGGGCCCGGCGGUGGGAGCAUCAUGACCAUCACUACGUGCACAUG